AAAUUGAUUCAACGAAAUCUUAGAGCACUGUUCUGCCAGUUUUCUGUUAGACCAGUAUUUAGGUCGACCAGUGAUACGAUUUUCACAGAAAAUGGUCAUUACAACCGUUGGUCUCACGGUAACAUUCAUUUUUAUCGGAAACUUUCACAUAAAUGAUGCUUUUAAGUUGACUAAAGGUAGGAAUAGUCAAGAACCCGUCAAUCUAAUUCGCCGGGAAAGAAAAGAAACCGCAAGAACGUUUGAGGACCCAGCUUGUUUCUCCACUCUUAGGUCUGAUGGGAUAGCAAUGGUAAAUUAUGGAAUAAAUCUCAUCAACUCUUCAAUAAAAGUAUCUGGAAGGUUUUUUGAAGCACUUCAGGACCUAUACCUUACCGACGACUACGAAAUUAAAACUGUUAUUUAUAAUAACCUCAUAAAUUUUGACUGGUAUUCUGCGAUAAAAUUGAGAGAAAAUAUGGAUCUUGAUUUAGAAGCAUCCGUCAUUUCAAUGUUCACCAACAUGCCCUUCUAUAAGGUAAACUCCAACUUACGAAAACACAAAUGCGGAAAAAUAAAUCUGACUGAAGAAGCCAAAAAUCUGGGUCCGUUUAGCGCUUAUUUAAUGGCUGUACUGAUGUAUUCUCCGGCCCUAACAAAAGAAACAAAUCCGACCUACAGAGAAGUUAAAUUUGAUGAGGACAUACUUGACCAAUAUGAGAUCGGAACUACCUUUAUUUGGACGUCAUUUACACCUUCAUCCAUGUAUGAUAGGAAAUUUAAUGGAAAUGUGGAAUUUGUUUUCAACAACUCUCGAUCGUCUCUGUGGAGUCCUAGACGCAUUGAAGAGAUUGCGUUUAACGCCGAGGAAGAAGAGGCUUUGUACCCCCCUGUGGCAAUGUUCAAAAUUACUGAAAAAACGGUAAAAGGGAAAUCUGUAUAUGUCUAUGCUGAUCUUGUAAACGAAAAUUUUUAAAAUAUACAGGUAGUGUCUGUUUAUAAUCAAUCAAAA